AUGCUACUGACCAGCCAAUCGGUGGCAUCCAGUCUGACGACGUCCCAUUUUAGUACCUGCUCGGAUUGCUUGGAACCCCGGCCAAGCAGUAACCUCUCCUUAGCCGGUGAAGAUGCCGAUUUUCCAGAGUCCAUGCUACCCGGCUCCUUUAGCGACGAUUCCAGGAUGAAGCCAUGUAAUAACAGGCGAAGCCUGGAGAAGCCCUUGAUGACGAAGCGAGGACAUUUACAGGAAGUGAACAGCAGAAGAGCACAGAACGGCCCAGUCUCAGGGUCACUGACCGAUAUUCCCGUACUGUUAGUCAACGGUGCACCUCAACAGGAUCUGGACAGCCCUGAACCACAGAUCGAGUCACUCCAGAGGAACCCUGUGUCAAAACCAACAUAUUCCAGCUCUCAAGCCCGUUUUAACGGCAGCCAGCCAUCGAUGAAAUUUGUCAUGGAUACGUCAAAGUUUUGGUUCCGUCCACACAUCAGCAGAGCAGAAGCUGAAGCUCUGGUAAAAGACAAGGAAGCAGGAACCUUUGUGGUGAGAGACAGCACCUCCUACAGAGGCAGCUUUGGUUUGGCCAUGAAGGUAGACCAAACGCCCACCAGCUGUACUGCUGCUGCCUAUCCAGGGGAAAGCAGCUCUGACCUUAUCAGACACUUCCUCAUUGAAUCAUCAGCCAAAGGCGUGCGCAUUAAAGGCUCUUCUCAGGAACCCUACUUCGGGAGUCUCUCUGCCUUGGUGUACCAGCACACCAUUUCUGCGUACGCCUUACCCUGCAGAUUACGCCUCUACUGCAACGACCUGAGAUCAGCAGACGAGAGAGCAAAAGAGAGAGCACCUUCAGAGGACGACAACAAAAUAGCCUCCAACUUUGUCUACCUUAACGCCAUCCCCACUGAGAUGCUGACGGGCCCCUGUGCAGUGCAAAGGGCGGUGUCCUCAACACUCGAGAAGGCUCCGGGUUCCUUCACACCAACCAUAGUCAACAUGAAAGUGUCUCUGAAGGGUGUCACUCUCACAGACAUCAACAGGAAGCUCUUCUUCAGGCGCCAUUACCCCGCUCACAUGCUGAGCUACGGUGGUGAAGAUCCAGACGAUCGAGUGUGGACGAGAGGUUCAAGUUUUGGUGCAAGGUUGUUUGGCUUUGUGGCAAAGGGCAUUGAAGCCGGUAUGGAGAAUGUUUGUCACGUAUUUGCAGAAUAUGACACCCUGCAGCCCCACAGCGAAGUCAUCAAGGUGAUUCAGGCAGCUGUAUCCAAGUCAUAAACAUGCAAACCCAGAGACGGCGUGAUACGUCUUCAAGACUCCUGCUUACACUUUCUGUUUAACACUGUGUUCUUCUACAAAUAACCUGUGCAGUGUGGCGGUCACAGGAAGUGUCGCUACUGCUUUGGAGAAAACAGGACAAGUUUGUGUUUCUGCUGAAUUGCAAGGAAAACCUGAUUUAGGUUGCGGCGUCUGAUCAGAUGAUGAAAAUCAUAUUAAAAGAUAUAUGAGUGAUUAUGGCAAAAACUAGGAUAUAGUGGACUGCACCUAUAGCAUAUGAUUGUAAAUGAAUGAGGCGCCAUAGUUUGAAUAUCAUCCAAUCAGCUUGUAAAAGUAAAACAAAGCCAACUAUUUCUUUUAAGACUGCUGAGAGAAUGGUUUUAGAACAGAAGCCCUUUGCAUUAUCUGAUGCAUCGAAAUAUAGCGAUGCGGUAAUUAAAAGUUUGAAGGUGAAAAGACUUGAAGAGAAACAAAUGAACUCUGGUUGGUCAGUUCAUUUCAAAUUCUGCAGCUACCCCUGAAUGUAUUUAUUACACUGCGAUGCACUGUAAAAACUUUAUUCUCUGUAUAUUCGUGUUUUUUUAUUUUUGUUUUUCAUGAUGGAAAAUAAACAUUUUUAACUAUUCAUA